AUGAGGUCUAGACAGGAUACUGAGAAAUCAAUGUGCAUCUUGGACAUGUCUCCAUCUCCUGGAAGCAGUGGAGUACACACCCCUUGGAACCGUGGCUCGUCUGGCAUUCAACAAGACAUCCUUCAGUGUCCACAGCUGGAGAGGAUCCCCUUGGUUCCUGCUGAGGCGCCCAGGCAGAAUGUGAAUGAAAUGGGGCCACAGUUCAGUGUGUUGCUGCCUGAGCAUGGUGUGAACUACUGCCCCCAAGUGACUCGCCAUCCUUCCCAAAUGAUUUACUCUCAGGGAAUGUCUCCCUCUCAACCAGAAAUGGUGAUUUUCAAGGAAAAGUGGCAUGAUGUCCUCAGGAGAGCCCAGAUGAUGUCCUUAGGAGAGCCCAGUAUUCAAGGGGUGGCCAUGACCUUCUGUGGGAAUCUAAGAAUGCCCCGAAAUGGGCCACCAGUCACAGCUCCCAGUGAAAUCCUAAUGAUGUCCCACAUUAGGACGCCAACAAUGUCUCAUUCUGGCCACCCUACAGUACCUUCUGUUAGAGACUCUUUAACAUCUAAAAUGUUAUUGCCCCCAACCAUGCCUUUUCCUGAGGGCCAGGCAGUGCUCCCCUCUUUGGCUCAAAUGUUGUCCCCUAGAGAUCCCCACAGCUGUGGAAUGCCCCCAGCUGGGUCCCCAUCAUUACUGACUUUAGAAUCCCAGGACUCUUUUGUUAGACAGCCAGCCUCCCAGGAAGACCCCUUCCUACCUGAGCAGCUCACACCUGCUCCACAGAGAGCAGAGCAGAAUUGCAGGGCCCUGGAAAGGGCUCCCUGGAGGAGAGCCCCAGUUGCAAGGCCUUACUGCUGCCAGUAUGAGAACUGUGGAAAAGCUUACACUAAGCGCUCCCACCUCGUGAGUCACCAGCGAAAACACACAGGUGAGAGGCCCUAUAAAUGUACGUGGGAAGGUUGUACAUGGUCUUUCUUCCGUUCUGAUGAGCUUGGACGACAUACAAGGAUACACACCAGAUACCGACCUCAUAGAUGUGAUCAGUGUGGCCGCGAAUUCAUGAGGUCUGACCAUCUCAGGCAACACCGAAGGAUUCAUCUGCGGGUGCCAGAAUCCCCCAAUCCACAGGCCAACAGUGAACAGAUGGCUGGUCCUCCUGCUCCUGGUCUUUAG